UCCCUUGUAUUAAUAAAGACUUCACCCACCUUUGGAUUCUAUACUAUCUCUUCCAUUUUCAAAUCUCGUGUAAGAAAAAUAUAAUGAACCUCUUCCUCACCACCACCCUUCUCAUCCUAGUUACUAUCUCCACCACCUUACUACCUCAUAAUGCAUAUGGUGCCAAAUGUGACCCAGAUGAUGAAUCAGGUCUAUUAGCCUUCAAAUCCGGCAUCAAAUCUGACCCGACAUCCAUGCUCAAGUCAUGGAUACCGGGUACAAAUUGUUGCACAUGGGUAGGUGUAGGGUGUCUGGACAACAAACGGGUGACAAGUUUAUCUUUAACCGGUGACACUGAAAAUCCUAAAAGCUUCUUGUCAGGUACAAUCUCACCAUCACUCUCAAAACUCAAAUUCCUUGAUGGAAUCUACUUGAUAAACCUCCUCAAAAUUUCUGGUCCAUUUCCUGAUUUUCUUUUCAAGCUACCAAAUCUCAAAUACAUCUACAUUGAGAAUAACACAUUAUCUGGUCCAAUACCCCAAAACAUAGGCAGCAUGAACCAAUUAGAAGCAUUUAGUCUACAAGAAAACAAAUUCACAGGACCAAUUCCUAGUUCAAUAUCUGCAUUGACUAAAUUAACUCAGUUAAAACUAGGUAACAAUUUUCUCACAGGAACCAUUCCAGUAUCCCUUAAAAACCUAACAAAUCUCACAUACCUUAGUCUCCAAGGAAACCAACUUAGUGGUAACAUACCUGAUAUUUUCACUUCCUUAAAAAACCUUAUUAUUCUCCAACUUUCUCACAACAAAUUUUCCGGGAAUAUUCCACUUUCAAUUUCAUCUCUAUAUCCAACCCUAAGGUACCUUGAGCUAGGGCACAAUUCACUUUCCGGGAAAAUCCCAGAUUUUCUAGGAAAAUUUAAAGCACUUGAUACAUUAGAUCUCUCUAAAAACCAAUUUAAAGGAACCGUGCCAAAGAGUUUUGCAAACCUAACAAAAAUCUUCAACCUUGAUCUCUCAGACAAUUUUCUCGUUGAUCCAUUUCCUGUAAUGAAUGUGAAAGGCAUAGAAUCAUUAGACUUAUCAAGAAACAUGUUUCAUUUGAAGGAAAUUCCAAAAUGGGUUGCUACAUCUCCAAUUAUUUACUCCUUGAAGCUUGCACAUUGUGGCAUAAAGAUGAAACUUGAUGAUUGGAAGCCUUUGGAAACAUUUUUCUAUGACUAUAUUGAUCUUUCUGGGAAUGAGAUUUCAGGUAGUGCUGUUGGUUUGUUGAAUAAGACUGAGUAUUUGAUUGAGUUUCGUGGUUCAGAGAAUUUGUUGAAGUUUGAUUUGGAGAGUUUAAAGUUUGGAAAUAGGUUGAAGUAUUUGGAUUUGUCACAUAAUUUGGUGUUUGGAAAAGUGACAAAGAGUGUUGUUGGGAUUCAAAAGUUGAAUGUUAGUUAUAAUCGUCUUUGUGGUGAAAUUCCUAAGAAUAAUUUUCCUGCAAGUGUUUUUGUUGGAAAUGAUUGUUUGUGUGGUCCUCCUUUGAUGCCUUGCAAAGUGUAGUGUUUUUGUUAUUAGAAUUUAAUGGAAUCACACGAUUCAACAUUUCAACUAGUUGCACCACGAUGAGGUGAUAUAUUGUCUACUAUUUAGCUAAGUUAUUUAAGCGAUUAUAUUGUAAUUUCAUCUUGUUUAAAUGCUUUAAAGUAUUUAUAUUGUGCAAUAAUUUAUAGGUCUUGUCAAUUCGGUGUUCAAUUAAGGGUAAGCUUGGUAAGCAAAACAUGAUAAACUA